AUGUCUUCGCUCGAAUCGCCGUUGAAUUCGGCUCACCAACACGCGGCCAAUGCGGACGAUUUUGCCGCUCAAGGACUACUCAUUCCAGCCUUAGAAGAACACACAAAGGCUGGGGAGGCUUUUCUUGCAUGUGUUGAGGCUUCACACGACGAGAACACCAAACGAACCCUGAGAAUGUUGUACAAUGAUCAUGUCAAGGCGACAAAGGAGUUGCACCGCAGGAUUUCUAAAUUGCGGGAAGAAAACAAAGACCCCUUUUUGCCCCAGAAGCCAAGCGCGAAUGUGCCCAGUCCUGCUGUUGCUGCUUCUAUCGCACCUGCCCCGACGCCUUCACCACCCCCACAUGUUCGCAAUCGUAUGAGCGACUCACAACAGACGGUGGACGAGUCCUUCAUGUUGCUUGGACAGAGGAGUGACUCGGGAGAUCCUUUCAACCAAUUCUGGAAGAUAACUGAAGGGAUGUUAGACUAUCUCUCUCAACCAGUAGCAUUCGCAACGGCGCCACUUGCCCCGCCUAGUGCAUCUGCACACAGGCGGCAUGGCGGUAGAGACCCGAGUUCAAGCAGCGACACCGACGUUGAAGACCCGAUUUCAAAGAGGUUGUCUCGGGGUAUAGGAUUGGUGAAGGCUGCGCGGUCCAAAAUACUUUCCCGACACGAUUCUUCGGCCACUGCGUCUGAUUCUGAAGGAGGACGCGCCGCUGGUCCUAGCACUUUCGCGCCGAAGCCACAGCCUGACUAUCGAGAUGAUUGGGAUGAUGACGUUGAUGCAGAUGAGGAUGAUAUGGCGGACUCGUUUUGCCUGAUACCCUCUAAAUCCAAUACUGCAGCUACAAUUGUUCUCAAGAAUGAGAACGCUGCCCUGAAAGUCGAGUUGGAGGAGACGAGGACACAAGUGGCCUCUAUGGAGGGUAUACUGAAGAUGCGCCAAGAGCAGGACCAGCAACUACGAGAUAGCAUCAUACUUGCCCGAAAAGAAGCCCACCGGGCUAUGAUAUCCUCGACGAUGGUACCUCGGCCAGUACCGGCGGGACAACCCACUGUCGACCUCACGUCUCUCAACCUCAACGUUCCACCCGUUCCACCACCAGUGGCUGCGCUCAAUCCAGGACGCGACCGGGAGGCGCAGCUCGUGCGCCGUGUGCGAGAGCUCGAGGAAGAAGUACGCGCGGUCCGUGCAGAGAACGAGAAGCAGAAAGCGAUGAUCGUGCGCUUCCGCGAGCGGUGGGAGAAACUCAAGGAGUCUGCGAAACGGAAGAAGGAAGCGAAGGCUGCUGCCGAGAAUACUUCUAUUGUCGGCGACCGCAUCGAUGAAGAACCGGAAGCUGAGGCGGAGGCCGAGAAGGACGACCUGCACCCGCGAAAGCAAUCCGAGGGUGGUGGGGCUGUAUCGACGUGA